UGUGCCUGCGCCCUCGCCCCCUCGAGCAUUGACUCCGCAACACACGACGCUGAAGCUGCGGCUUCGUCCCCAAUCCCGCCAUGUCUUCCUCUCCUUCCAUGUUGACCAAGUUCGAGUCCAAGUCUUCGCGUGCAAAGGGCAUUGCCUUCCACCCAAAGAGGCCAUGGAUCCUCGUGUCGCUGCACUCGUCGACGAUCCAACUAUGGGACUACCGCAUGGGCACCCUCAUCGACCGCUUCGAAGAACACGACGGGCCGGUCCGCGGCGUCGACUUCCACAAGACGCAGCCAUUGUUCGUCUCGGGCGGUGAUGACUACAAGAUCAAGGUCUGGUCGUACCAGACGCGCCGCUGUCUCUUCACACUCAACGGCCACUUGGACUAUGUCCGAACCGUCUUUUUCCACCACGAGCUGCCGUGGAUAUUGAGUAGCUCCGACGACCAGACGAUCCGCAUAUGGAAUUGGCAGAACCGCUCAUUGAUAUGCACCAUGACCGGCCACAACCACUACACCAUGUGCGCACAGUUCCACCCCAAGGAAGACCUCAUUGUUUCCGCCUCGCUUGACCAGUCUGUUCGCGUUUGGGAUAUCUCUGGGCUACGGAAGAAGCACUCGGCACCGCAAGCCAUGUCCUUUGAGGACCAAAUGGCACGUGCCAACCAGAACCAGGCAGACAUGUUCGGAAACACAGAUGCAGUCGUCAAAUUCGUCCUCGAAGGCCACGACCGAGGUGUCAACUGGGUCGCAUUCCACCCCACACUGCCGCUGAUUGUUUCCGCGGGUGACGACCGCCUCGUCAAGCUGUGGAGAAUGUCGGAGACAAAGGCAUGGGAAGUAGACACUUGCCGAGGGCAUUUCCAGAACGCGUCGGCAUGUCUGUUCCACCCGCACCAAGAUCUGAUACUGUCUGUUGGUGAAGACAAGACAAUACGUGUGUGGGAUCUCAACAGGCGCACAUCGGUCCAGUCCUUCAAGAGAGAGAAUGACCGCUUCUGGGUCAUUGCAGCGCAUCCCGAGAUCAACCUCUUCGCCGCUGGUCAUGACAACGGAGUAAUGGUGUUCAAGCUGGAGCGCGAGCGACCCGCGUCUGCCGUUUACCAGAACAAUCUCUUCUACAUCACCAAGGAGAAGCAUGUGCGCUCGUACGAUUUCCAGAAGAACCUCGAGUCGCCGUCGAUGCUGUCUCUCAAGAAGCUCGGAAGCGCCUGGGUGCCUCCGCGGACGCUCUCCUACAACCCUGCUGAACGCUCGAUCCUGGUUACAUCCCCGGCCGAUAGCGGAACAUAUGAGCUGAUCAGCCUCCCACGUGACGCUUCCGGAGCUGUAGAGCCCACUGACACCAAGCGUGGAUCUGGUAACUCAGCUGUGUUCGUGGCUAGAAACCGAUUUGCAGUCUUCAACCAGGCCAACCAGCAGAUUGACAUCAAGGACUUGGCCAACUCCACCACCAAGACCAUCAAGCCCCCCCACGGCACAACCGAUAUUUACUUUGGCGGCACUGGAAACCUGCUCUUGAUAACACCCACCUCUGUUGUUCUUUACGACAUCCAGGCCAAGAAGAACCUUGCCGAGCUUUCAGUCAAUGGCGUCAAGUACGUUGUUUGGUCAUCAGAUGGAUUGCACGUAGCUCUCUUGAGCAAGCACAACGUCACCAUCGCGACGAAGAACUUGGAGCAGGUCAGCACACUGCACGAGACGAUCCGCAUCAAGAGCGCCAUCUUCGACGAUACUGGCGUCCUGCUUUACUCUACGUUGAACCACAUCAAGUACAGUCUGAUGAACGGCGACAAUGGAAUUGUCCGCACGCUCGAGCAGACUGUAUAUCUCGUCAGAGUCAAGGGCCGUAACGUAUACUGCUUGGACCGAGCUGCGAAGCCCAAGAUUCUCCAGAUCGACCCUACGGAAUACCGAUUCAAGCUUGCUCUUGUCAAGCGAAACUACGACGAGAUGCUCAACAUCAUCAAGACUUCGAGUCUGGUUGGACAGAGCAUCAUCUCGUAUCUUCAAAAGAAGGGCUAUCCCGAGAUUGCUCUUCAGUUUGUUCAAGAUCCACAGACACGGUUCGAGCUUGCGAUUGAGUGUGGCAACCUUGAGGUCGCAGUAGAGAUGGCCAAACAACUCGACCGUCCAAAGCUCUGGCAGCGAUUGAGCAACGAAGCCCUGGCACAUGGUAACCACCAAACUGUAGAAAUGACAUAUCAGAAACUGCGCAACUUUGACAAGUUGUCGUUCCUGUAUCUCACGACAGGAGACCAGGACAAGUUGAAGCGCAUGGCUAAGAUUGCAGAGCACCGCGGAGACAUGACAGCCCGAUUCCAGAACGCACUCUACCUGGGUGACGUACAGAACCGGAUAGAAAUGUUCCAGGAGCUGGAUCUCUACCCACUUGCGUAUGCAACUGCCAAGGCCCACGGUCUCGAUGAGCAAGCACAGUCCAUCUUGGAAGCCGCAGGUGUCUCGGAAGACCAGAUCAAGUUGCCUUCGAUAGGCGGACCCCUCGCACCCCCAAAGCCUAUUGUACCAACUUACCAAGCGAACUGGCCAACACGUGCAGCCUCUUCGACUGUAUUCGAAAAGGCUCUUCAAGGCGAGGUCGAAGGUAUUGGAUCCCAAGAGCCAGCAGCCAACGGCUACGGCGACGAAGACCUGCUAGGCGAGCCAGAAACCACGGGUGCUACGGCUGAGCUCGGAGGCGAUGAAGAGGACGACAUUGGCGGAUGGGACAUGGGCGACGAUGCCGAAGUAGAAGCAGAGGACGACUUUGUCGAGGUUGAGGGUGCUGAAGCCGGUGCUGGUAGCAGCGAGGCCGAUCUCUGGGCGCGAAACUCACCCUUGGCGGCAGACCACGUUGCUGCAGGCUCAUUCGACACGGCUAUGCAGCUGCUCAACCGUCAAGUUGGCGCUGUCAACUUUGCCCCUCUGGAGGAGCGCUUCCAGGAGAUUUACCAGGCCACGCGGACAUUCUUGCCAGCUACGCCCAACAUGCCGUCGUUGGUCAACUAUGUCCGAAGAACAGUGGACGAGACAGACUCGCGGAAGAUCUUGCCAAUAAUCCCGCGAGACUUGGAGUCUAUAUUGACCAAUGACCUGACUGCUGGCAAACAAUCUCUACUCAAGAACAAGCUGGAAGAGGGUAUCGCGAUCUUCAAGAAGCUACUGCAGCUCAUCAUGGUCAAUGUUGUUUCGUCUCAAGCCGAACUGUCCGAGGCCAGGAAAGCGAUCAACACAGCUACACAGUACAUUCUUGCCAUGUCCAUUGAGCUCGAGCGUCGCAAACUGCUCAAUGGCGCCACUGACAUCUCUGCUCUCUCUGACGCGGACAAGAAGCGGGCUCUUGAGCUAUCGGCCUACUUUACGAUCCCUGAGGUCGAAGGCCCGCACAAGUCAAUUCCCCUGUCAGCAGCCAUGAACUUUGCGCACAAGAACAAGCAGCUGAACACGGCGCUCAACUUUGCCAAUGCUCUGCUUGACCGCACUGGCAACGCCAAGAUGAAGGAGGCAGCCAAGCGCAUCAAGACGAUUGCCGAGAGGAACCCCAGCGAUGCCAUUGAAAUCGACUUUGAUCAAUUCGCCGACUUUGACAUUUGCGCUGCUAGCUACACGCCCAUCUACGCUGGCCAGCCGUCGGUGACAAGUCCGUACAGCGGAGCCAAGUACCACGCGCGGUACAAGGGCACGGUUUGCAGAAUCGACGGUAUCAGUCAGAUUGGGGCACCGGCUAGUGGGCUGAGGCUUGUUGGUUAAUGAUGAUGAUGAUGAGGUUGUUGUUGUGGUGGUGGAUGAUGAGCAGGGGGGUGUCAGGGUGAGGGUGAGGAGUGAAUUUAUUUUUGGUGCUUGAUUCACGAUUGACACUGGGUAUGCUUUAGCGUUUUCAUGACCUUGUCGUCGGGUGGAGGAGAGGGUGGGGGCAAAGUGGGGAGUAGUAGUAGUAGUAGAAGAAGAAGAAGUAGUAGUAGUAGAAGAUGAUGAUGAUGAUGAUGAAAAAGAGGGGAGAAGAAGACAUGACAAGGGAAAAUAAAA